UAACGCUUAUUAGUAAUGGAAGUUAUUAGUAAUUAAUUGUCAGUAGUAGGCAUAGAAUCUAAUGAUCACCACAAAAAGCUCAUAUGUGUCGCUGUCUCAUUUGUUAUCAUAUCAUCUCCUUGACAAAGAGAUUCUUUCCAGAGAAAAUGGAUGGCUACCCAUUCACCGCUUUUGCUGCUCAAGAGCAAAUGUGAUUGAAAUAUAUUACAUAUUCAAUUACAAAGAUGCCAUCGGUCGAGAUGUGGAAUUUAUUCUCUGAUUGUAAUGAAUUCUUUUCCUUGUUUUAGAUAUAUUUUCCGGUCAUAAUCUAUGUGCGCACCGAAAGGGAAAUUCCUCUAUAUAUAUAUAUAUAUAUUUUGCUCCACGAAGUAAAAUCAUCAAGCAAUAGCAAAUUUAAGAGAGUCGGUGAGAACUCUAGAGAAUUAGCAGCAGCAAUGGCCUCAGUGCAGUUGCACAAAACAACCGAAAAGGGCUUGAAUCAAGGAUAUUAUGGUGGCAGCUCAUUCGGCCAGAAAGUGUCUGACAUGGCUAACUGGGCAUGCAGGGCAACUAAAAGGGAGAACAAAUACCAGGGACCCCAGAAUGGCUAUGCAGUGGCUUACAGCGAAAGUGAAUGCUAUAGCCAAAUCCAACACCCCACCCAUGGUAUGAAAGAAUUCCAGACAGCUUACGCCCAUGGCCGAAUUUCGGGAUGAGUACGGCCAAUCUUAUGGCAGCCACAAGUCCCAAAAUGGCAAUGCAAUGUCCAAAACAAAGGUUCAUGGUCCUGGAGAUGGCUUCGGCAACCAUUUCAGCGACGGGCAUCAGAUUAGGCCCGGAAAAGGCCAAAACCAUGGUUAUGGUUCAGCCCAUGGUAACCAGAAAAAUAGUGGAAUGGGCCAUGGCUUCAGCAAUCUCGCAAGCUACGAAGCAACUGAAGCUUCUGGCUAUGGCUCAACCCAUGGCAACCACAAAAAUGGAAUGGGCCAUGGCUUCAGUAAUCACGCAAACUAUGAAACAACUGAAGCUUACGGCUAUGACGAAAGCAAUGGCUAUGGAAAUUGUGCAAACAAUGGAAUGAAACAUAGCCCAGCACACCGCCGCGGCAAACACUCUGGACAGGGACAAGAGUUCGUCAAGACCCAAGCUUACGGUCCUGGCAACAACAUGGAUUAUGGUAUCAAGGAAACAGAGACACGUCAUUAUGCCAAGACCGAAACCCACUAUUCCAAUGAGUCUCACUACUACGGCGGAGGCCGUGGAUUCCCUGCUGGAAAUGGCUCUCAUUGCAUUGGGCGAGCUGGUUGUGCCCCAACUUGCAACGGUAGGAAGUGCCACGGAAAGCCCAAAAACAUGGGCGACCACCCUGUCAGGGGUCUCCUAAGCAAGAUAAAGGAUGGCAUUUCGGGUAACCGCAGUGACCAUUGCAGUGGCAGCGACAGCGACAGCGACAGCGAUAGUGAUUGUGACGAGUAUGGGAAGAGGAAGGUCUGGGUAAGCAAAGCAAUACGAUGAAUUCAAUACAUAAACAUGACGGAGAUGACGGCGAGAUCAAAGCAAGAUGACGUUUCCCAAUAAAAAUCAGACUGCCAUAGCAGAACAAUAGAAUAAAGAUUCGCCAUGUGUUGAUGUUUUCAUGUUAUGUAAAAUGAUAA